AAGAGACUCGCUCCCUUCUGUCAUAACUGUUGAACAUUUUAGUUUCUUUACUAUCUCUCCGUGCGCUCUUGAGAUGUUGGCUACCAUAAAGAACAUUUCCGUAACCUACGACGGUAUGGGCAAAACCUUUAGCAGCGGCGACUUCAUUUCGGGGCGAAUAACGUUGGAAUUAGGAAAAGAUUGCAAAAUAGAUUAUCUUUCCAUAAAAGCAAAGGGAAAGUCAGAAGUCCGUUGGACAGAACAUCAUAAUAAGACAACUGUAACUUACCAUUCCAAGGACAAGAUGUUCAGCAUUGAACAAUUUAUCAUUCGAGAACAAAAAGGCCAAGAUUGUAAUGUCGUAGCUCCUGGAACUCACGUUUACCCAUUCACAUUUCAGAUCCCUCAACAUGCAAUGCCAUCAUCCUUUAAAGGCGCCUGGGGGAAAAUCCUGUAUACGUUAGAGGCCAAGUUGAGCAGAUCAAUGAGGAUAUCCAGCAAAGCCAGGGCUGAGUUCCCCUUUGUCUCCAAGGCAGACCUGGGCAGCAUCCCUGAGCUGAUGAUACCUCAGCAUGGAACCAAGGAUAAAAAGAUGAAGUUAUUCACCUCAGGAAAAGUGGGAAUGGACAUUCACAUAGAGAGAAUGGGCUACUACUUAGGUGAAGACAUAAAGGUUGUGGCGUCCAUUGAGAAUAGCUCCUCUCGUGAGAUCAAGCCCAAGUACACCCUGUACCAGAAGGACAGCUUCUUUGCGAGGGGAAAGAGGAGGGUGUCCACCAAAGACAUCCUGAAAGAGCUGGGAGAGCCCAUCCCGCCAUCUGGGAAACUGAAAGUCACUAAAGUCCUUAAAAUCCCACAACACAUUGUUCCAUCCAUCUUCACCUGCAGUAAUAUUAAAUGCGAGUACAGGCUGAAGAUCGUCCUGGAUGUUCCCUAUGCCAGAGACCCAGAAAUCAAAUUGCCACUGGUCAUCCUCCCUGCAACUCAAACGCCUGGACUGCAGCCGCCACCUUACUCUGACUUUGGUUUUGACUCGUUCGGGAAUGCUAACCAACCUGGAUGGAACAGCACACCACAAUUUCCGGGAGCCUAUCCACCAACGGCCCCAGGAGCCUAUCCACCAACGGCCCCAGGAGCCUAUCCACCAACGGCCCCAGGAGCCUAUCCACCAACGGCCCCAGGAGCCUAUCCACCAACGGCCCCAGGAGCCUAUCCACCAACGGCCCCAGGAGCCUAUCCACCAAUGGCCCCAGGAGCCUAUCCACCAAUGGCCCCAGGAGCUUUAGCGCCUCCCCCAGCCUACGGAACGUACCCAUCCCUGUCUGAUUUUGGUGGUAAAUCCUAGUGGGAGAAAAGAUAAGAGGGUAAAAUAUAACAAAUGAAUGCAUUGUAUAUGAUAAAUGUGCAGUUCUCUAUCUCUUUAGACUUCCAUUUAUACUUCCAUACUUCUCUGUUGUUGAUGUUUCUUGUCAUUGACAUGACAACGUGUGUAACUUCAAUAUCUUUGUGGAAAUGCCAACUAUGAAUAAUGAAAUGGAACAAAGUUCUGCUUAAGUGUGCCUUGUAUAAGUUGUCUAAAUAUGAAUAUUGCUGUUACAAAUGUAACAAUGAAUGUUCUAAUUUCAUGGUGGUGCUGAUAAUCUAAUAAAAAAUAAAUUAUAUAUAUAUAUAUAUAUAUAAUUAUAAUAGUAAAAAUGGCAAUUUCCAAAUAAGUACAGUGAAAUAAAAAGCAGGAACGUCCACAAUGAUAA